AUGUAUGUCAAUUGGGUGAAUCGUGUGGUGGAACAACAUAAAGGCCCAAAAAUUGAAGAAUUCAGGGUUUGCUUCCAACUAAAUAGUCGGUUUCGAAGUUCCAUUGACAAAUGGAUUCAGAUUGCAAUGGAAAAGGGAGUUGAAACACUCGUGUUGAAGUUUUCUUUACAAAAUAGCGUUGGUUCAAAAAAGAUGUAUGCAUUUCCCCACAAACUAUUAGGUCUCGAAAAGAGGAACUUGCAUUCUCACCUUCCAAGUCUACGCCCUUGUGGAUACAAAAUUGGAUUUCUCAACCUUAAAGUUCUUCUGUUCAAAUGUGUUGAUGUGACUGAUGAAGUUCUUGAAUACUUAUUGUCCAACUGUCCAGUUCUUGAACAUUUAACCGUGUCCGAAACGAAAAGUUUGGUUAAUAUAAGAGUUGUUCAUCCAUCGGUUACGUUGAAGCAUUUAGUGAUAAAAUAUUGUUGUGCCCUUAAAAGCAUUGAGAUUUCAGGGGCAAACAUUAUUUCAUUUAUGUAUCGGGGUGUUGUGAUGAACCUGCUUCUCAGUAAUGUACCAUUGCUUGUGGAGGUGUCCCUUUCCCAUAUUUCCCUGCACCCUGCAUCCAUAAAGCUUUACUCUAGCCAACUUUCAUGUUAUCUUUCUCAGUUGGAGAUUCUCAUGCUGGAUAUCACCGGAUCGGUUUACGAUCAGGAACAUGUGUUUCCUACACUAGCAAAUCUCAAGCAUUUGGAAUUAAUACUUUUUGCGGAGUACCGUCUGGCUCUUCAUCAUUUAACUUCUUUUCUGAAAGCAUCUCCUUUCUUGCAAAGACUCGCGUUGAAGUUGGAUUUCUCCCUACACAUAGACGGUAGAAAAAUAAAGAAAGCUGCUACAUGCCCCCAUCAUUACCUCAAGCUAGUAGAAAUAGUAGGCUAUCGUGCUCGUGCUUCUGCUGUUGAACAUAUAAAGUUCUUAAUAAAGAGUGCUACUGCGUUAGAGAAAAUUGUUAUUGAUCCUGUCCGGCGUUGGAGGUAUCCUAUUGAAAAGUAUCCUAGUGAAAUGGAUAGGGGAAGUAAAGAAGUCAUUGAGGAAGCGAAGGCAAGAGAGCAUGCCAUGCAACUCGUUAAAUUAAAAUUGCCUUCAAAUGUUGAAUUUGUAUGCCUGUAG